CUGAGCGCGAGGUUCGUGAUACUGUAUGUCCCUCCUAAAGCAUUCUGUAUGCCUGUGCUCGAGUUGCUGAGUAUAGCGUUCAGUUGCCCCGUGACUUACAGACCUGGCGUGCGCCCGUCGAAGACGAAGAAUGUGAGCGCAUUUGGGAAGUCGCCAGACCCACUUUCUCUGAAGCCGGCAUUUAUCUAUGGCCGUACGACGGGGUCUACUCCAGGGCUGAUCCUCGAGGAGUAAUUCGUUGCAAUGGAUUUGCAUACGUGACCCCAGUACGUGGUGAUGAACGGGCAGCAUAUCUCCAAAAGUUCAACUGCUACAAUGAACUCACACGAGGCGGUACAACUUCGGAUGGAUUGCAUGUUGUCUUACGCGUAGCAGCUAUGGGGAAUGAGGGCCAACAGCAUCUCAAGAUCCUACGCAAGCUUGCUCGCGGCACGAGGAGCCUACUUACGGAGAACCAUGUCGUCCCGCUCUGGAAGGAGGUUCACUUGGACGACAUAACCUUCACUGUUUCACCGUACGUUGCUCACAGCAUGAACGACUGUUACGGUGCAUGGGCGAAGAAUUCUGUCGGGGAUAUUGUUGAUAUGAUUUUACAGUCACUCGAGGCCAUUGUCUUCGUACAUGAACUCGGCAUAGUACACAGGGAUCUGUGCAAAGUGAACUAUGUCGUCCAAUGGCAUCCAGAAUCAUUAUUGACCAUGCGACUUCCUCUCUGUCGCCCCCGCGCUUUUUUGAUCGACUUUGAGACGGCCAUCGAGUUCCCGCCCGAACUCCCCGUUGAGCAGCGCUUGUUGACCGGGCAUCCCAUGAAAGACUACCAACGUCUCCUUCCACCAGAGGUAGCCUCCGGGACGCCAUAUGAUCCGUUCAAAGCCGAUAUUUGGCAGCUCGCCAACAGCUUCUCAGAUUUCAAGACGACGGUCGCAGAAAUCGAUGCAAUACUAGAGCAGAUGCUGGAAGCAGACGUCUCCCGCAGACUGUCUGCGGCAGAGGCUCGGGACCAGCUGGCAGCGGUUGUACAUGGCAUGCCUGCGACUACUCUGCUGAUUCCGCCUUUCGUCUUGCAAUCUUCUGAUGCCUUUUAACGAACAAUUUGGCACAUUUUCCGUGGGCUGCAAUGUAAUGAUAGAUAUUUCGAAAUGUGUGUACUCAAUGUCUCCAUUCGGAUAGCAAUGCUUUCAGUCCAGGUUGCCAAUUCAGGUUGUUCACCAC